AUUCAUUUUAUAAAAAUGAUAAGUUCGGAAGAGGAUUUUAGUUCAGAAGGUGAAGUUGACUAUGAUAAAGUAGUAAAAGAGAUAGAAGAUUUGGAUAUGCCAAAUUCAAUAAUAACAAAACUUAUAAAUAACGCUCUAGGUAAUAACACAAUACAAGAUGAUGCGAAACUAGCUGUGAUAAGAUCAACGACUGUAUUUAUUAGUCAUAUUACCUCUGUCGCUAAUCGCAUGGCAAAAAGUAAAAACCGUAAAAACAUACAACCUGGGGACGUAUUUAAAGCUCUAGAGGAUGGUGAUUUUGAAGAGUUUUUACCGAGAUUAAAAGAAGAAUUGAGUUUGUUCCAAGCUGGACAAAGAAACAAAAAAUUUGAUAAAGUAAUACAAUCAGUUGAUGAAGAAUUAUCAGGACCAACUUCAUCCGCAGUUGUCAAUUCUUCACCCGGAAAUGGAAUUAUUGUUGAAAUACCAUCACAUAAUGGUAUUAUGAACGAUAUAUCACAUAGUGAUAACGAUGAAAUUGAGACUGAUAUUAAUAGUGAGGGAAUCGGAUCUAGAGGAAAACGAAAACAUUCUAAACGUUCCAAAAUAUUUAGAGAGGUUGUUUCUGUUAAUAUAGAAAAUAAUAGGAGUAAUAUUUUAUCACAAAGCGAUACAAAUAUAAAUGGACAACAGAAACAGGAAAGUGAUGAAACUACACAAAAGAACAACAAUAUAAAAAAAAAAGAUUUGUUAGAUGAUGGUAGUGAUUUGACAAGUAAUAUAGAUUCAAGUAAUGAUGAAGGGACAAAUGAAGCCGAGUAAGUAAUUCAUAACAACUUAAUUAAUGAAUAACAUCUGUUCUUCUUAUGUCCUAUAUACUGUAUAAUACUAUAUUUAUAGAAGAAACCGGAGAAGUACAAAAGAGACUUGAAUAAGUCCGUAAAGUGAAGACUACAUUUUGUGUUUCUUAACUACGUAAAUUUAUUUGUUACUAUUUAAUCAACUUAAUAAUGUUGUCCUCCUUUAACGCGGAUAUAUCAUAAACUUGUACUAAGAUAGGUAAAGGAAUGGAAUAAAAAGUAUUGAAUUAGACUCAUCCCUUUAACAUUUUUGCGUCAGAAAAAAUUUGAUAGAAGCAUUAAUG